AUGCAGUACAACGGUUUAAGAGUUAAAUUCGGUUGGUCGGACGCUUUAGCUGACAAGGAGUACUUUUUCAAUAUCCCCCGUAUUCUCUCUCAAGCUGAGAGCGAUGGUUGGCGCCGAAUGGAGCGUCCUCCAGGGCCGUUGCCAGAACUCCGUCUCUAUUGUCCUGUUGGAAGGGCUGUUUGCCCACUAUAUGAUCCCUCAGGAUUUGUAGCCGGUUUGCAACUAGCGUUUCCCGUUGAUGAAAUAAUAACUCCCAGUUUCAAACCGGACAAAAGGUUCACCAAAUGGAGCGUGCCUGCGUCUGAUGGUGAACCAGCUAGAGAAUAUUGGACCAUAACACAAUUCUUGGUAUCAGAAGAAUCAUUGAAAGCGGGAGCGGGACCUCAAGUCGAAAAUGGCGCGACGCUUCAAGAUGGCGGCGUUUGGGUCAAGGAUUUAGAAGGACAAUACAUUCGUAUACCGAGCACAGAGGCAGAACUUAACACCACACAGUUCAAGAAACAGAACUGUAUUCCAAAUAUGGGUACCCACUAUUAUUACAAUAUGUCGCGGGAAACGAGCUGUGAAAAUCUGCUGCCCUGGUUCGCUCUCACGACCAGGGGUUACCUGGUGGGAGUGGGCUUCCAGGUGGUGGGAAAACUGACUAAGCCCACUGCUGGACGGGAUUGGUUCGAAGUUGUCAAUGGUAGACAAGUUGUUAAGACGGUUGCACCAUUCGCUCCAGAGUGUCUUCUUAAGUUGUCUGACAACUAUCCCAUAAUCAGCCUGCACAUUUACUACAUCGACAAACCGUGGACGGUGAAAUGCAGAUCUGGUGACUCCAUUGCUCCAGCAUCACCUCUGGACCGUCUGUUGCUGAACGGACAAAGAUAUACAACAGUCGUUGUUGAUGAACUCAAAAAAAUAUUUUACAGUUAUUAA